AUGCGUGCUACACAGUUCCUAGCCUUCGCGGGCCUCAUGCUCGCCGGCAACGUGGCCAUCGCAUCCAAACUGGACCAUGAUGAUGUCCCAAACCGCUGCUGGAACGCCUGUGGUUCCGUUGUGGGAAUCUCCAAGAGUUGUGAUGCUAGACAUGACGAUGAUAACGCUGAGCUGAAGUGUAUCUGUGAUUGGGAGUUGGCCAAAACACAGAUUCCUCUCUGUGCCGCUUGCAUCACUCAGUAUCAAAAUGAUCGCAACAUCACCAGAAACGAUAAUGACCAUGACCGUGAUCAUGACCGUGACAAUGACAAUGACAAUGACAAUGACAAUGACAAUGACAAUGACCGCGACAACGACAACGAUGAUGAUGACGAGAACACAAAGCGCGACUACGACAACGAUGACGAUGAUAACGAAGCCCUGGACCUUGUUCACUCCUGUUCCCUCAGCACAACAACCUACAACUCUGCAGCAACGGCAACUGUAAGCACCACCAGUAAAGGAACAGGAACCGCUGCUUCUUCGACCGCAACGGCAACAGACGGUACGAGAUCCAGCACUUCCAACAGCCAAGACUCGACUAGUUCCAGCGUUGGCACCAACUCUGGCUCCUCCACUGAUAACACGAGUGCCUCGUUGUCUACUCCAACCACCGACGCUGCUGCUGGCUUGAAUGUUCCUGGUGCUGUGCCUAUGGCUGGUCUUGUUGGGUUGAUUGCUUUUGCUUGGACUUGA